UCAUGAAGACGUUUUACCGGAAGUUGUUUCUGGGAACGGAAAGCAGAGUGCAUGUGCGCAUGCGUCGUUCAUCCCUUAGCGCUGAGGCUUUUCAGCAUGGCUGCGAUCGGAGUUCAUUUCGGAUACACAUGUGCGUGUGCGGCGAUAUUUAAGGAUGGGCGGGCUGAUGUGGUGGCUAAUGAUGCAGGAGACAGAGUUACCCCAGCUGUGGUGGCCUACAGAGACACUGAGCAGAUUGUAGGUAUUGCAGCAAAGCAAGGACGGGUGCGGAACGCUGCCAACACAGUUGUUAAAGUGAAACAAGUGUUGGGAAGAAGCUUUGAUGAUCCAGAGACCCAAGCUCAUAAAGCACAGACCAAGUGUCAGGUGGUCAACAAAGAAGAGAAACCUUAUUAUGAGAUUACAACAGGAGAACACCCAGAGUAUGUUGCUCCAGAAGAUGCUGCAAAACUCAUCUUCCACAAAAUGAAAGAAACUGCUCAGUCAGCUCUUGGCUCCGAUGUCACAGAAGCGGUCAUUACAGUCCCUUUUGAGUUUGCACAUGCUCAGAAGCGUGCUCUGAGGGAGGCAGCUGAAGCUGCAGGUUUCCAUGUACUGAGGCUGAUCCAUGAGCCUGCUGCUGCCCUGUUGGCCUAUAACAUCGGACAGGACUGUUCCUCUGGAAGGAGCCAUGUCCUUGUGUAUAAACUGGGUGGGACGUCCCUGAGUGUGACUGUCCUGCAGGUCAGUGGAGGAAUAUUCCGGGUUCUCAACACCCACACUGACCACAGUAUUGGAGGAGAGAGCUUCACCCAAGCCUUGGCCCAGUACCUCGCCACCGAGUUCAAACGUACCUUUAAGCACGAUGUGAGCAGUAAUGCUCGGGCAAUGCUGAAGCUCAUGAACGGAGCAGACAUGGCCAAACAUUCUCUGUCUUCAUUAGGAUCAGCCAACUGCUUUGUUGACUCUCUGCAUGAUGGGAUUGACUUUGAAUGCAAUGUCUCAAGCAACAUGGAAAGAUAAGGAGGGUUCACCAUCCUGUGAAAGACUGUGCUAGAAAAUACAUGGACUGAGGCGAAGUCGAAGACUUCCUGUGGUCUGACGAGUCAACAUUUGAAAUUCUGUUUGGAAAUCAUGGACAUCAAGUCCUCCAUGCUUAAGAAGAGAUGGACCAGCAUCUGUGAUGGGCAGCCUUGCUUAUUUCACAAAGACAAUGUCAAACAACAUUAUGUUUGAUAUAAUUAUAAUUUUUAGCUCUGCAUGCCUCCACAAUGGAUUUGAAUUUAAAUAACUGAGGUGCAAUUUUAGCUUUAAAGAUUUAAUGGGUUAAACUGAAAUUUUUACUUCAUGAACUCUAAUCUACAAAUAAUACAGUAUAAAGCCCUCCAUUGAACACAGUGCAAAACAAACUACAAAAAUGGGUCUUGUCUCACAGUCUUCAUCUUGUCUCUUGCUCUGCAGACUGGAUGCAACUUGUCUAAUUUCAGGUCCAGAUUAGGUCAAAUAGUGUUACUCUACUUCAGUAGGCAAUAACACACAGGAUUCAUCAGGAUUGGCAGCAGAUAGAGCUUUUAUUAUCUUGACAGACAAUACAAAGCCCGAGUCAUGAUGGUAAUGACUGAAUUCGCUGACUCUGGCUUUCUCUUAUAUACCUUUAUGCAAAUUUCAUAUGUCCUGCCUGUUUUUAUAUGUCCAGCCUAUUAUCAUCAAACUUUCUCUAUGACAUAAUGGUGUAAUUUUCCACUCAGGGCUGACCCAUGUUUUGGGGAUUUUCUAUUCUUAUUCGUGUCUCAUCUCACACCUACUGCUCUUGGUCUAUUGAGGCCAAGAUGUUUUCUUUUGUUUUAUUCUUCACUGAAUGACACCAUUAGAUUCUGUUUUACAACUAUACUAUUUAAAAAAAAAAAAAAAACCUUUAUUACCUUUCUUACAUCAUCAUGUCACAGAUUUAUACAACUGUAUUUUUUAAAGGUUUUAUAUAUUUCACACUGUUAUAGUUUUCACACAGUUAUAUUGUAAGUUUCACACUUUAACACAGACCAUACUCCUAAAUCUUACUACUACAAGUGCAGGCGCCCAAACCCUCCCACUCUGGGUGCCCACCAGGUCAAGCUGACCUGGAGCAAACAGGUGCUCAUCUUAUCUUAUCUUGAGUGCUCGUCAUUUUUAACACAGACCACAUUUCUAAGCUCUACUGCUAUAAGCGUAGGCGCCCAACACCUCCCAUCUUGGGCGCUUACAGAUGUAGCAACUUAAAAGUUCCCGUGUUUCCGUGACGGAACCGUGACGGGACCGUG